AUGAUUACUUCAUCUACUACUAAAGUACUACCCAUAUCAAACCUUAUACGACAGAAAAGAUCAAUUUCACUAUUUACCAAGAAUAAUGUCAUACCUAGAAACUCAUAUAUAGCAAAUAAAACUUAUCCACAACUUAUCUGGAACAAUUACAUUCCAUCAAAUUUUAAGAUUUUUACAGUACUAGGAACUGGUGUAAUUGGUUUUAUAAAGCUAGAUCCUAAUAUUUGGAUUACUUUAGGACCUCCAAUUGCUGUUAGUGGAUAUUAUUUGAAUAAGUAUCUCAAACAUAAGAUUUAUUUAAAAAAUGUAUCUAAGAUACUACCUCAUGCUUCUAAUCAAAAUAUUGAUGAAUCAAAUGUCAUUAUUGAAGAUAACAAUAAUGAGAAUGAAUUAAAUCCAUUCAAUUCCACGGAAUGUGUCAAAAUUUUACCCUAUGAUGAAUCACAAUUAUACAAUUUGAAAUAUGAAAUAGAUAAUGAAUAUGAUUCACUAAGGAAACAAAUUGUGAAUUUAGUAGAGAAAAGAAUUAUAGAAUAUAUACUUUUAACUCAAUCAAAUGAUGACUAUUCAAUUUUAAAAGAUUUUAUGACAAAUGAUAAUCAAUUUAAUUUUAAUACAAAUGAAAAUGAAAUUGAAAGUUGGGUUACAAGUAAAAUUAAAUUAUCAACUAGUUCACAAGAAUCAGAAUUAAAAAAAUUUAUUAAAUUACUGAUUCCAUAUUAUGAUUCAAAGAGUAAUAAAAAGAAAAGAAUUGGAACUGUGUCUAUAUAUUUAAUCAAAUUAAAUAAUAUAGAUUGGAAAAUGAGUAUUGAAAUAUCGAAAUUAAAUUGGCUGAAAUCAAAAUCUAUUUGGAUAAAUGGAAUACCCAAUAAUGAAAUUAUGGAAAGUGAUAUAUAUAUUAAUCACACCCCUCUUGUAAAUAAUAACCAAACCUAG